CGCCCCUCUUCCUCACUCUCACACUCUGCCUCUCCAUCUCUGCCCUCUCACGCGGCCACGGCCCACGCCGUUGCACUGUUCACAUCUCGCCGUCUCCCCCUCAGCCUGAGUCCCCUCCCUCUUGCCGUCGCCCCCUCAGAAACACAUACCAGCUCUCUCGCCGUUGCACCUCCCCUCACGGCCUCACCUCUCGAGCCGUUCCCGUCGCACACACAGCCCCUCGGCCCCUCUCUCAACGCUGCGCUGCCCUCUCUGUCUCUCACCGUCUCACUCGCACCGUCUCACGCAGCCCUCCCAUCUCUCACGCAGCCGGCAGCCCCUCUCUCACGGUCUCUCUGUCUUCGACGGUUUAUGCAAAUGUGGGGGCAAAGAGCAGCCUUUUACCUCUUAAGAUAGGAUACAUUCCCAAGCAUUGUAUUGGGCUCUCAUCCAUAAACAGUACUGUUCCCCAAGAGCACCUGCUGUCAUAUAUAGUGAUGAAUCUGAUCUGCUAUGAAAGAUUUAUUUGCAGAAGUGCAAUGCAGUAAUGAAGUUUAUUGUUUUUUUGGAAGGGCAUACACAUCAUGGCACUGCUCUUAAGGUCUCCAAGUACAAUCAUAUCGGCAUCCCUUUUAAGGUCUCCAGCAUCAAGCAAGUGAAGGAAUAACUGGGCUGAAUUCAAGGCAUUAUGCGUAUGUCUAACUUAAGGAGUGCUUGAGUGAUAAGAAAAGAGAAGCAGAUGUGGAUAUGCUGUCGAAAAUCUCUUUGGCACUUAGAAGCCUUGAGACAAUCCUCUAAGUCUCCAUGGCUUUUCUCAAUUUUUUCUCUCUACUCGGAUACUCCUCACAGGAAGUCUAAGCUUGCACCUUUACAGGAGAGGAAAAUGAUCGAUAGGUUCAGACUAAAUGCUAAAGGAGGUGAUGGUGGCAAUGGUUGUUCCAGCUUUCACCGUAGCCGGCAGGUUCGUCGGGGCAGACCUGAUGGUGGUAGUGGUGGAAGAGGUGGUGAUGUGAUUUUGGAAUCUUCCCCCACAGUUUGGGACUUCAGUGGUUUGCAACAUCACAUUACUGCAAACAGGGGUGGACCAGGAGCCUCAAAGAAUAUGAUAGGAACCAGAGGGGAAGAUAAGGUUGUCUACGUACCUGUUGGCACUGUGAUACAUCUUAUAAAGGGUGAAAUUCCUUCCAUUGUUAAAAAUCAUUCUUCAACAGAUUUGGAUCCGUGGGAGAUUCCGGGUACACUUGUCGAUGGCACAUCUGAAUCAAAUCAGGCAUCUACUUAUAAUGACCCUAAUAUGGCAGCUGAAGUUGAAUCAUUGGUCCAUACUGGUUGCUUAUCAGAUCAAAAUGGAGGCACUGUAGAGAUAUUGCUAGGCAUAAAGCAGCCAACUCAAGUUGCAUCAACCAAUGCUUUUCCUCAAUUGUCUCCUUGCCAUCAUACAUCCAAAGUUUGCAAGAAAGAAGAGAUGGAGGAGAAAGAAGAGACAGAGGAGACAGAACAAAUGCAAUACAAUGUUGCAGAAUUAACAGAACAAGGUCAACAAGUUAUAGUUGCUCGAGGAGGGGAGGGUGGUUCAGGCAAUGUUUGUACUUCCAGAGUUCCAAAUAAGCUCAAGUCUAUGAGGCCUGGGGUCGACAAGGAUAAAACCAUCGAUGUUGAAGUAUCUGAUAAUGAUCAGUCCACUCUUAGUGAGGGUUUGCCUGGUUCUGAAUCACUUCUUGAGUUGGAACUCAAGAGUAUUGCUGAUGUGAGCUUCGUGGGGAUGCCUAAUGCUGGUAAAAGUACUCUACUAGGUGCUAUAUCAAGGGCUAAGCCCUCUGUAGGGCAUUAUGCCUUCACAACUCUAAGGCCUAAUCUGGGGAAUCUGAACUUUGAUGACUUGUCAAUCACAGUUGCUGAUGUUCCUGGACUCAUAAAGGGUGCCCAUGAGAACCGUGGGCUUGGACAUGCAUUCCUGCGCCACAUAGAACGCACAAAGGUUCUGGCCUAUGUGUUAGACUUAGCUUCUGCAUUAGAUGGUAGAAAGGGUAUUCCACCAUGGGAACAGCUGAAAGAUCUUAUUUUAGAGCUUGAAUAUCAUCAGGAGGGUUUGUCUGGUCGACCAUCCUUAAUAGUGGCAAAUAAAAUUGAUGAGGAUGGGGCUGAAGAAGUGUAUCGAGAAUUAAAAAGACGGGUUCCAGGCGUUCCUAUUUUUCCUGUAUGUGCUGUUUUGGAGGAGGGAAUAGCAGAGCUAAAAACUGGUCUUAAAGGGCUUGUGAAUGGUGAAAUUUCAUGCGGACUCAGUUUAGAUGAAAUAUUGCUUGAUUAGGCAGUUACUGAUAAUUGUCCUUUGCUACUGAUGGAAACACCCCCACCCCAAAAAAAAAAAAAAAUUAUAUUUAAAAAAGAAGAAGCAGAAGCAAAGCUGGCACCAACCCCAACAUUUACUUCGAAAGUGCAGCAAAAAAUGCAUUGGAUACCACUGUGAUCUUCUCUUCGGUUGAGUUUCAGUUUGAAUUGUGGGUGUUUUCAGAAGACGCAGAAGCAUGUAAUUUUGAAUGCUUGAAGAUUCUUUCAUACGGGUACUGGGUGAACAGAACUCUUCAGUUUUCAUGUAAUAUUGAGGAUUUCUGAAGAGGGGGUACAUUUGCUUCGUUUUUGUGGAUCUUCGUAUGAAUAACUGGUUCUAAGGAGAUCCAAUGCUCUGAAUAUCUUCUCUUAAUUUGCUGAUAGCGUUUGACAUAUGCAUAUCCCCAAUUUAUUACUACUAUAAAAUCAACGUAAUUAAGGGCAA